UAUCGGAGUCAGUAUAAGAACAGCUGCUGGAGUGUCACCUUCAAAAAGCUGAUUGUUAUAUUACUAAAUAAACAAGGAUUUUGGUUCGGUUUUAAAUCUACCUAUAGAUAAAAUUAUCUAGAAAUUUUUAACUGUAGAUUGUUAAGAGAUAGUAUUUAUUAAAAAUGGUUCUAAAAGUAGUAAGAAUUUUCGGAAAUCGAUGCUUUCUUCGAAGUGUCCAUUAUACGGUUUUACCGGCGGAUACCUAUGAAGGAAAAGUUAUUACGAAAGCCAAAGUAAUGAAUAAGCUUAAGAAUAGGGAACCGUCUCAAUAUGGAGGAAGAAAUGUUGUUACGAUGAUGCCCGGUGUAGACCCGGGACCCAUUCUUAUGUCCUAUGUAAAAGAUAUUUAUAAAAGAGCACGUGUUCCCGUUGAUUUUGAAGAAAUUUUAUAUUCUGGAACAGGGGAUGAAGCGAAAGCGGCAGAAUUCGGAGAAACCGCUGUCAUAUCCAUGCACAGAAAUGGUGUGGGCAUAAAGGGAAAUUUUGCCACUCCUCAUAUUGUAAACAAUCCUAAUAUUGCAAUAAGAACGCAUCUGGAUCUAUUUGUCAAUAUAAUACAUGUUAAAAGUUUUCAGAAUAUUAAAUGUAAAUAUUCAAAUUUAGAUAUGUACAUUUGUAGACAAAAUACCGAAGGAGAAUAUGCAAUGCUCGAACACGAAGCUAGACCAGGCGUGGUAGAAAGUCUCAAAAUUAUAACCAGAGAAAACACAGAAAGAUUUGCAGAAUUCUGUUUUAAUUUUGCAAUCAAGAAGAAUAGAAAAAAGGUCACUAUAGUUCAUAAAGCGAAUAUUAUGAAACUGGCUGAUGGUUUAUUCGUGAAAGUGAUCAAAGAUGUAGCGAAAAACUAUCCAGACAUAAACGUAACGGAUAUGAUUGUCGACAAUUGUACCAUGCAAAUGGUCCAAAACCCAUCACAAUUUGAUAUGAUUCUAACGCCCAAUCUUUACGGGAAUAUUUUAUCAAAUAUAGCAACGGGUCUAAUAGGAGGUCCCGGUUUAUUGUCAGGAAGAAAUUAUGGAAGUAGUUGUGCUUUGUUUGAAGUUGGUUCACGACAUCUUACGUUUGGUGGAUCGUAUAUCAACCCAAUAGCCAUGUUAAAAGCAUCUAUAGAUCUUUUACGAUAUCUUGAUAAAGACGAAUAUGCAGAUUUAAUAGACACCGCCAUAACUAAAACUCUGUCAGAAGAUAAAAUUCAGACCAAGGAUAUCGGCGGCACAAAUUCCACAGAAGAAGUUCUAGAUCAAAUAAAGGUCAAUAUUACAAAACUACUGAAAACGGCAAAAAUUAAACAGUUCUAGAAUAUUCUCCAAGCUCAUUAUUGCAAAAAGUAUGUAAGUUAUGUCAACUGUUAUAUAUGUAAAUAUAAUAUAGAUAUUUAUUAAAAAUAUAAAUUUUUACUAAGA